UCGGAUUUAGGUUCCCGUAUUUGACGGUCAGCUUCAUCCUUGUCUCUUCAAAUAAGUGAACUCUCUCAUUUUGAAUUGCUAUUUCAGUAUCUCUAUUUACUAAUCUCACAUUUUGCUUCUUCUCUUUCCCUUUUGGUUUAUUCUUCUAAUUUUAUCUAUUAUUUUUCACUCAUUUUGCAUCCCAAAAAAUUCACUUACCCCUUCUUUCUCAGUCUAUAAAAAUUUGCUCCUAAUCUCGCUUAUUUUUCUUGGGUUUACUGUAUUAAACAUGGUUUAUGCGGGCAAAGAAUCAGAAGGCAAGAAAUGUUUAAUAUCUGGGAUCGUAAUCCGGGAUCCAUUAAAAUCAAUAUCCACAAAACCCAAAGAGGAAUCUGAAGAUGAUAGUGAAUUCUCUACUACUCCGACAGCUCGAGAAUCGAAGAUACCGGAGAAAUUGCCUUGCCCGCAAGCACCAAGGAAGCGCCGGCCUACAUCUACGUGCAAUUUUAAUGGUGUUAGGGAAUUCUUUAAUCCGCCGGAGUUGGAAUCGAUAUUCAUCCGCCAUACCGAAAGAGCAUAAAGAUUUCAAGGAUUUAUUUAUUUAUUUGGAUUGUCAUUUCUUACAAGUUUUAGAGUUCUUAGCGCUUAGUAGUUUAGGCUUCUGAUAAGGUAGUUAUAUAGCUAAAAACCCAGGUCGAAGAAGAAAAUUACCAAUCUUAAAAUCAAUGAGUCGAUUGGAUCAGUUUGGCUGGAAAACAAUAAUCUUUAAUUAGAAUGGAACACCAACUCAGCAUCUGUAGCAUCUAUGAAAGUACACCAGCAAAGUUUGAUUUGCUUAAUGAAGUUCAGUUUUCCAAUUUUUUACAACUCA